AAUACUCAAAGUAAAAUCAUCAUGUCAAGAGCGACUUGGUAGAAUACUGUGUACGUAGUAGUAAUAUACCCGUAUAGAUACGCUUUGGGGUGUUGCGGCAUCGGAAGAAGAAAAUGGCGCCAUUGAACUCUCUGGAGAAAGAGUAUCCACUCAUCGACUCCAACUUCCAAAUCUUCUGCGCUUCCCACGCCAUUUACUCCGUCGAAGAUUUCCUCCUUCACGAUAUCGACGCAUUAUUCACUUCUGCAACUAAUCGCUCCUCUUCACAGAAACUGAACCAGGGAAUUCAUCAGCUUCUUUCUAUAAUUGAUGCUUUACAUCCACCAUUGCUUAACGGUUUGCAGCUCGUCGAAGACGCUCGACAGAAUAAGCAUGUUUUCUCAACUGGUUGUCAAGGGAUUGAUGCAUUGAUUGGAGGUGGGUUACGUGUAGGACAAUUAACUGAACUUGUUGGACCGUCCUGUUCUGGCAAGACACAGGUUUGCUUGAUGUCUGCCUCAACUGUUGCAAAGCAUAAUUGUUCAGUUAUAUAUUUAGAUACUGGCAACUCUUUUUCACCUCAGCGUGUUGCACAUUUUAUUGGACAGUCUUCUGAUUAUGUCUCAGGCAAUCAGGCUGAUCGUAGACUUCUACAGAACGUAUUGGACAGGAUAAUUUGCUACCCAGUGUUUGAUGUAUAUCAGAUGUUUGAUCUGCUGCAUCAACUGAAGAAUAAUUUGAGAUCCAAGAUUGGCAAAUCAGAUCGUCACGUAAAACUGCUUAUUGUUGACUCAAUCUCUUCACUGAUUACUCCCAUCCUUAGGGGCAGUUGUCCUCAGGGGCACACUUUAAUGAUAUCUGCUGGGUUUUUACUGAAGCAGCUAGCACAUGAGCAUAAUAUUACAGUGUUGGUAACAAAUCAUGUGGUGGGUGGGGAUGACGGUAAUUCUAAACCAGCACUUGGUGAGAGUUGGAAGAGUGUCCCCCAUGUACGGCUUUUACUUUCACGUGACUGUGGAGGGAAGGUCUGCAAUAUGUCAAUAAUAAAACAUCCAGCUAUGGCUUCUGGUAGGACUGCAACUUCCGUCCGUCUGUUUGUUUGAAACUAUGAUCACCACAAAAUGGCCAUUCAUCAAAGGAAGUUUGCUUUUCAAAGAAGUGGACGGAGAAGCCUGUUUUGUUAUAUGGACCAAAACAAACACGCCAAUAGUUAUAUUUUGUAACAAAAGUAUAUGAUUUAAUUUAAUUAAAAUGGACAAAGUCAGAAGUUAGUUGUUAAUGCUAAUAUUUUUCACCUUCAUUAGGACUCAACCCAGAUCCUCUUACACCUUAAUUCCUUUAACCCUUAGUUCAAAUUAGUUGAGUUACCGACCCCGUCUAGUUGCUUUAUGUUAAUUUAGUGACAGUGAUGAUGAAUAAAUAGGAAAUACUCCAUUAAUUUCGUUGUACAAGUAUUUUAUUUUUCUAAUAAAAAAAUUAUUUCGUUUUUAUUUA